AUGCCCAACAAUUCCAAGUUUCUUAUUCUUUUUGCAAUAGUCGCUAUUCAUUUGAGCUUACAAGCUAUUCGUCCGGUCACGAUUCACAUUCGUUUGUUCGAUGUCAAGAACAAACGGUCGACAACGCUCGAUGAAGGUUGGAAGUACACUGUAGGGGAACUCAAGUCGAUGCUGGUCAAAGAAAUCGACACUUCCGGCCAUAUUCUCCGAUUAUACUUCGAGGGACAAGAGCUCUGGAUCCCUGAUCGAACUCUUGCCAGUUAUCGAGUUCGACCUGGUGAUACUAUAUCGGUUUAUCUUGAGAACAUCGCCGAACAGCUCGCCAUUCGGUUUGGGAAUCAAGAGAAAAACCCAGAUGGGCGGCUCGCAAAUUAA